AUGACUUCGAGUAAUAUUGUGUGGCUCACAAAUGACGAUGUUCAAGAAGCAAGCCAAGAGAUUGGCAAGCUCAAGACUACAAUUGAAACUUUAGAGUUUGAGUUUGGCGGAGCUGAAAGUCACGAUAAGCUCAAGAAGGACUCAUACCGCGUGCGUGACCUCUUCCAUGAGCAUUGGGAUGUCAUUGCCCAACUCAAUAUAUUGGUCCACAUCAUCUCGAUGAGAGAAGGUAUGGGUUACGAAACAGACUACUAUCUUCCUGAAAAUAGUAUAUCGGAACAUAAAAGCUUCCUUGCGAUCCAUGCUGCAAUUUCGGCCCUGAGAACCAACGUUGAGGAUACGACUACCUUCUUCCGGGAUCCUGAAAAAUACUCCUUGAAGAUCCAGAUUGCAGGUCUUCAUGAAGAACAACAAAAACUCGAGAGCCAACUUGCUCAUCUUCGAACCGAAACAGAAACGCUCAAGGCAGAAGUGGAAUUGUCUCACAUUCGAGAGAAGGCAACAGAUAUGAGAUUCACUGAGCUCGAGGUCAACUACAAGGCUGCUUCCACAACAGUUCAGAGACUCAAGACAACCAAUGCCGCCUUGGAUCUAAUCAAGACAUCAUAUGGCUGGGACAAGACAACCCUCCAACAUCGGCUCAAUCAGGCAGAUCUCAGUACUCAAGCACAGAUUGGACAGUUCACGACUAACAUGGAAAAGAAGAAUGCCGAUAUCAGUCAGCUGCAACAGGAGGUAUUGUCCCUCAAGGAUACCCAGGGUACCCUUGAAACAGAACUUGAGGACCUUCGAACUACGGCGUUGAGGCGAUCAGAACAUUUGGCUGCCCAAGCGUCGCAAGUAUCUGGCCUCAACUCUGAAAAAGAAGCUCUUGAGAAUCAAUGCCGUCAUCAAGAGGACGAGUUACGAAGAUUGAGAAGAGACAACCGCGACUUGGUGACUCAGAAUGAACAAAUGAGAGCUUCUUUUGGAGCCAUUACCACAGCUGCUGAGAAAUGGAGCACCGGAACUCAGCCAAUGUCUUCAAAUGCGUCUAAUAACGAGCGGACAACAGGCGACAGGGUGCCCAGAGCUGAACAUGAGGAUAGAGACGACAGUGAUCGCCCAACUCGACCUUGCUCGCCACAAAACAAUCCUAUUCCAAACGAAAGAAGAGAGGGAUAUCAUCUGGUGGAUCAGCAUUGGCGCAGAAACCCUGUCCGAAAGCAAACGCAAAGUUCAGUGCGUAUCUGGUAUGCAGCUACCCGUGUCUCACUUUCUACCUCUACAAGAGAGGUUACGACAUCUUUUUCUUAUUGCGACGCAAUAACGAACGAAAGAGAUGAUCUCCUGGAGGUUCUGAAGCACCAGAAAGAGACCCAGCAGAGUUGCGAAAAGAGGGCAAGAGACGAUCGCGCAGAUUUUGUCAAGCUAAAGAAGAAACUUACAGACGACAAAAAAACUAUUGAAGAAGAAUGUGCCAAGGAGAAGGUCAACGGUCUCGAGCUUUGUGCCAAGAUACAAAAGAUUGAGGGUGAUAACUUGGAAUGGGAGCAAAGAGGAAAGAUCAUUAUCAACCUCGAGAACAGGAUCGCAACAAUCACAGAAGAGCUACAGCAGUCCGAGUCUACUAAAGCACAAAUCCUGCACAAAAUUGCAGCCGUGAGCAGCGUGGCAGCCAGCCUCGUGCUGCAGAAGGAAGCACUUGCGAAGGAGCAAAAAAUCCUCCAAACGGAGCAUACACAGCUGGAAGAACGAUAUCGAGAUAUUGAGAGAGUCAAACUGGCAGCAGAAAAGGAGAUCGGACGUUUGAUGGAACUUGUUACACAACACCAAGCCAGUCGUACAGAUCUUCAACAAGGUAUCGCUGACCGAGAUGCUGACAUUCAAGAUCUGAAAUCAAGGUUGCAUCAAGGGGCAACGUUCAUGGCAAACCUGCCUUCAUUUGAGCAUAACGGGCCUUCCCCGAAACGAAUCAGGACAAGCCAAGGCCACCAUAGCAGCCCAUACAGCGUCCAACCCCGCGACAAACUAACAGUCUCCUGGGACGAUACUCAAGAUGGUCUUGUUCAACACGGCUUGCCAAGUCCUGAUAGAUCUGUUGGUGGUCACCGUCAGAGUACCCCUGCCUGCAUUGUUUCGAACAGCGGUCGCUUCACCAAAGGAGGGUUCAUGGAAGUGUCUGCCGCAAGGAAUUGA